AGUUUUUUAAUACUACCGUUUCCGGUCUAAUGCUACCCAUCUAAAAAUUUUAGAAAAUUUCUCGAAAUGUCUCAAAUUAUUAAAUAAACAACAAAUGAAAAUGAUGGAUUUUAAGGAGGAAGGAAAUCGUUUUUUCCAAGCAAGGAAAUUCAAUGAUGCCGUCCAAUGUUAUACUAAAGCUAUAAUAAAAAAUCCUUCGAUGCCAACCUAUUUUACAAAUAGGGCACUAUGCUAUCUAAAAUUGAAGAACUGGGAAAAGACAUGCCUUGAUUGCAAAAGUGCUCUAGAACUGGAUGGAAACCUUGUUAAAGGGCACUUUUUCCAAGGCCAGGCUUUACUAGAGAUGAAAUUAUACGAUGAAGCUAUAGCCUGCUUAACCAGAGCUCAAGCUCUUGCUAAGGAACAAAAAUUGAAUUUCGGUGAUGAUAUAACUGCAGCUAUAAGAUUAGCUAGAAAAAGAAAAUUCCAUUCUUUAGAAGAUAAAAGAAUUCAGCAGGAAAUUGAACUCCAAACAUAUCUCAACUCUCUUAUUGCGAAAGAAUGCCAAAAAAAUAUUUUAGACAUAAACUCAGCAAAUUUAAAUGAACAAGAUAAACAAGAGCAUCGAAAUAAUAUAGAAGAAACUACCCGACUUAGACUAGAAAAAAUUAAUGAGCUCUUUGCACAAGUAGACGAUCGAAGGAGGAGAAGAGAAGUUCCAGAUUAUUUAUGUGGAAAAAUUAGCUUUGAAGUCAUGAGAGAUCCAGUGAUAACUCCAAGUGGUGUAACUUAUGAUAGAAAAGACAUUGAGGAACAUUUGCAGAGAGUGGGCCAUUUUGAUCCAGUUACCAGAACUGAUUUGACUCAGGAACAACUCAUUCCUAAUUUGGCCUUAAAAGAAGUUAUUGAUGGAUUUUUAGAAGAAAAUCCAUGGGCUGAAGACUUUUAG